UCGCUUCGUUGUCGUUGGGACUUGGGGUCACUUGGUCCGGCCUCGUCUCCGACGCAAUCCGGUCCGGUCCCAUUCCCCCCAAAUCCACCGCGAUCGCCCAAGCGGAUGAAGAACCCUAACCCUCCUCCCCCGAGGCCCUCCGCCGGAGGCAAGCCCCCCGCGGCCAUGGCGCCGCCCCGCAAAUCUCGCUGGGGCCCGCCGCCACCCGGCGCCGCCCCCGCCGGAGACAAGGCCGCGCCAUCCACCUCCGCCCGCACCCCGACCCCCACCCACCCGGCGGACUCCAGGCGCCACCCGGCUCCUCCCGCGCCCGCCCCGCGCAACCCCGCGUCGCCGGCGGCCGCGCUCCGGCCGCCGCCGCAGGCGGAGACCCCUCCACCGCCACCGUACGACUUCCACAACCUCGACCGCCGCACCAUGCUCCUCGCCGACGGCACCGUCCGCACCUACUUCGCGCUGCCCCCCGACUACCCCUUCGAGCCCGCGCCCCUGCCGCCCCUCCCGCACCACCUCCUCCCCCGUGCCGGCCCGGAUCUCUGGCCGCCGCCGCCGCAAAUGCCCAUGCCCAUGACGAUGCAGAUGCCGCCGCACGAGGCUAAGCGCAAGCACCCCGCCGACCAGGACGAUGGCUUCCCGAGGCACCCCAAGCAGCCGCGGUUUGACGCGCCGCCGCAUCACCCUCCGCAGCCGUCGCCACAUGCCGCGGUGGACCGGCACGCGCUCAGAAGGGCGUUCCUCAAGUAUGCCAAGAUGCUCAACGAGAGCUCCGCGCAGAAGCGGAGCUACGUCGAGGGCGGCCGUGUCCCGUGCCUCGCCUGUGGCAGGGACUUUGCUGAUGCGCAUGGACUUGUCAUGCAUGCUUACAACCCACCAAAUACAGAUUCACUUGUUGAUCAUCUUGGUUUACACAAGGCAUUGUGUGUCCUUAUGGGAUGGGAUUAUACAAAAGUCCCUGAGAACUCUAAGGGUUACCAAUCUUUACCUGCUGACAUUGUCCGAGAAAGUAGGGAGGACCUUAUUGUAUGGCCGCCGACUGUUAUUAUUCACAAUACGGCAACUGGGAGGAAGAAAGAUGGUCGCUUCGAGGGUUUAGGGAACAAAGACAUGGAUAAGAAAAUAACAGAACUAGGGUUUUCUGGUGGCAAGUCGAAGUCCUUAUAUGGAAAAGAAGGGCACCUGGGUUUGACACUUAUCAAGUUUGCAAACAACCCAGCUGGCUUGAAGGAGGCUGAGCGUCUUGCUGAAUUCCUUGAGAGGCAAGAUCAUGGGCGUAUAGGUUGGUCACGUGCGCGUGCCACUCAUUCUAUAGAUUCUGAUCAGAACCCUUUGUUGGUCGAGACGGAUACCAGGACAGGUGAGAGAAUGAGGAUACUUUAUGGGUACCUAGCAAUUUCAUCUGACCUGGAUGAACUAGACUCAGAUUCGAGAAAAAGGGCUUUCCUCAAGAGCAGAAGAGAAUUCGACCUAAGUGACUAGGAUGUAGUCUCUUGUCAUAAAGCCCACCUCCAUCGGUUUAUUUAAUUUGCAACAAAGCGUGUAUACCUAUCUCUGAUGCCAAAGUCCGUAGAUUCAUGCUACUGCUGUGCACAAAAGAUCUUAGCUUGAAUAUAAUACCUGCAGCUAGGUGGGUUAUGGCCACUAGUUCUGGAAACUAUAUUUUGCACUAGAUGUAUUUUCUUGCAAGAAUCUAUGGCUCACUGAUUGAAGGGUUAUCUGGAAGAGUUCUAUCAUCUUAUUUAAGUA